UCAGUCGUCCGCGCGUCAGUCAGAUCGUACCGUACAACGAGCUCGGCUGCGCGUGCCAGUGCGCCACACACCUACGCCACGGCUCGUAUGCCUAAACAGAAAAACAAAAGUGAUUUCGCGUAGCAUCGUACGUAGCGAAGGUGCAUCGCAGCAGUACAUUUGGCUCGCUGCAGUGUCGUUGGUGCCUGUAAAGUGUGCGACUGUGAGCAUCGAGUCGUCGUAGUGUCUUUACAUGUUCGGUGCCUGGCCUGCUGUACGCCGCGCCGAUCAGUAGGUGAAUCGAAUCGCAGCUGCGACAUCUCGUCUGCUGUCGCGCAAUAACAUUGGGCCAAACUGCAUCGCACUCGUCGCUCGUAGUCAGCGCAGCAGAAGCAGCAGCAGUUCUCAGCCGCUUCGUCGUGGCUCGUCGCCUCUCCUGCAACACAACGCCGAGAGAGAAAGAGCGAGAGAAGAGGAGGCCUAAGCGCACACACGCGUCGUUACAGCUACAGCUAGUAGAGAUCUAAAAAUAAUCAUAUCAACAUCAUCGGCAGCGGCGCUCUCUGCGUUGGCCACAUCGGUGGCAGCGGCGAAAGACGGAAACAGAAGUAGUAGUUGGCGGUGCGCUAGCGGCGUAGAAAAAGAAGCCCCGCGAACGACGACCAAGACGACGACCUAGGAAGAGGAGCAGCAACAGAUCGUCGACAUGCCAACUGGCGGUAUCGUCAUCCAGAGGACGCUCGAUUCAUCGCCAUCUCCUCGUUCUUUCGCCUCAACUGCUGUGUCGAUCGGUCGCCGUUGCUGUCGCCGCCGUCGCGUCCGUUGCUGUUGAGUCGCGCAACGAAACCAUCAUCGGCCUGCAUAAUUACGCGCCAAACGCCGACGAUUCUAAAGAUAAACAACGACGAUGGAGAGAGCACUGCAAAGGUACGCCGAGCUGCGGCGCAGUUGCCUGGAGCAUCGCCGCUAUCGAAGCUUCUUCGGUAGGCGGCCGCGCGACUCGCCGGAGCAACAACAACAGCAGCUGCAGGAGCAGCCGGAGCAACAGCCGCAGCGGCCCUACGCGCUAACCCAAGCCCACAUCGACCAGAUCGCACUAAUCGUGCAUGAAUUUCUCUUGAGCAACAACGCAGAUCUUUACUUAAUGGCCAGCAUGAUUUUCCUCACUGUUUUUUGGUCUUUCCACGUUCUCGGCAUGGGCUUCUUUGUGACGGCCAGCAGUGCCGUCGCGAUGGCCACUCUGGGAUACAAGUACGUGGAGGCCGACGGCGAGGACCAGCAGCCGGCCAAUUCCACCGUGCCGAGCACGCUCCAGCUGAGGAGGCGGGCCAAGGCCUAUCUCAAGACGCUCGCCGACGACGUCAGAACCUUCAGCGCGGACCUGGCCACUACCUUCAGCGACGAGAGCUUCGUCCACUUGUGCGUCUGUUUCGGCGUCGGUAUACCCGCGAGCGUCUGGCUCAUGAAUUUCUUCGACGAGAGAGUUUCCUGUGCCAUCGCCCUCUCGACCUUAGGCGUCGCUCUUUACUAUUCCAGCUGGCGCAGGCAAUUGGACGAUUACCUUGCAUCUAGAGAAAUUGAUUCAGAGAUGGACGAAUUUCUGCCAAACGUCGAUAAUUUCAAUUCCCGAGUACUGGAUCGGGCUUGCGAGACGGGCGAGCUCGCGUCCACGCCUACGCUCGACGAUUCUCCUGCUGAUCAUUCGGAGGACGAGCUUUUGAGCAGCGUCGAGAUGAUGCCUUCGCACGAGGAUUGCAACACGAGUAGCACCGACUUUGAACUUUCGGAGCUCGACGCCGACUCCUCCGAGGUCGAUGGAAUUCAUUUCAAAAAUAUUCACUUUAAGCAGCUGAGCUCGUCGUCGUCCUCCUCCUCCUCCUCCGACUCCCUGGUAGCCGAUGAACUCGAUGUUAGCGUGAGCGUGAGCGACGACGACACUCUGUGCGAUUUCGAGGUCAUUGAUCGAUCUGAAUUAGUUGAUGUGUCCGAUGUAUGAAAAAUUGCCUCGACAAAAACCGUAUUUAAAAAAACAAAAACAAACAAAAAACAAACGAAAGAAUAAUACUUGCAUGUUUGAUGUGUGAAUUUCUAAGCGAUCGUCGCACACGAUAUCUUAUAUAAAAUUCUGCCUCUCUCAACGAUCAUCUCAUUUUCGUUUGUAAACUUUUUUGACGGAGAAGGAAAAACGUCUGUACAUGUGUGUAUGUGACUGGGUAUGAUUGUGUAUACGUAUCUAAGCAAAAUGUUCCGCGUGAGAUAAAAUUUCAUUAUGCAAGUACCUGGGCUGUCGAUCGACGCAUCGCAUCGAUCGGCUUCGUUUUCUCGCGCCGAUGAAAUUGUGUGCGAAAGUGCAUAUUCUCGCGUGCUUGUGUGUGCCUGUGCAGCGCAAGUGAGAUUUCUUUUUUUUUUUCUCUCUCAUUACGUUCGCUCGCUUGUGUAUGAGCGUCCGUCUUCGCUUUUAUGCCAAUCCCAAGCGUAUUUAUAUGUAUAUACCGCGUGUUAUAUACAGCCCACUGUUUAUAUGUAUACAUGCUUUACAUAAGUCUAAGUGUGAAGCACUAAUAGGAGUUCAUCCAUACAAGGAUGUUACACUCUUCCGAGUACGCAUGCUUCGCUGCGAGCGCAUCUCACGAUUGGACAUUUUUACGUUUACACUAAUUAUGACUUAUUAGAAAAUGUAUUUAUUUUUAUCAGUGACUGCAUCCAUCGCGAUAUUUUAUUUUUUUUUUCAAGAAUUUUCAUUUAAA